UGGUAAAGGGGUACGCGAGAGAUCGGACGAGGGUGAGGCGGGCUACCGGCGCUGGUGCCCCGAGGAUCGGAGCUCGAGUCGUGAGCUCCGGAGAUCCGUGCGCGAGAGAACCAGAGGACGCGCGAUCGCCCGCGCGUACCGGUAACCGUGCCGGACGCGGAGCGCUGGGAACAGAUAAGGCGCUGGAGAACGGCUUUUUGAAUUAAGGAGAAAAAGAGAGAGAGAGAGGACGAGAAAUAGUCCGCCAGACAUGAACGUUACUUCGGUGGUGGCGAUAUUCAGCAAUGACACCAACAUCACGACAAACGGUCUCGACUGCGGCGGUGAGCCCCAUCAGUACGCGGUAUGGGAGCGCGUGCUGAUAAUGGUUGUCGCCGUCAUCCUCAGUCUCACCACGGUCCUCGGCAACAUUAUGGUCAUGAUAUCGUUCAAGAUCGACAAGCAACUGCAGACGAUCUCCAACUAUUUCCUCUUCAGCCUGGCGGUGGCCGACUUCGCGAUCGGCCUAAUCUCCAUGCCCCUCUUUACGUUGUAUACGGUGCUCGGUUACUGGCCGCUCGGGCCCCACGUGUGCGACACGUGGCUCGCCCUCGAUUAUCUCGCGAGCAACGCAUCGGUCCUCAAUCUGCUCAUUAUCAGCUUCGAUAGAUACUUCUCCGUCACGCGCCCGCUCACCUAUCGGGCCAAGAGGACCACCAUCAAAGCCGCCGUCAUGAUCGGGUCCGCUUGGGGUAUAUCGCUGCUUCUUUGGCCACCCUGGAUCUACGCGUGGCCGUACAUCGAGGGUAACAGGACCGUGCCGAACACCGCGUGCUACAUCCAAUUCAUCGAGACGAACCACUACAUCACCUUCGGCACGGCUAUCGCCGCGUUUUAUGUUCCUGUCAUGAUAAUGAUAAUCCUUUACUGGCGAAUCUGGAAGGAGACGAAGAAACGUCAGAAGGACCUGCCGAACUUGCAGGCCGGCAAGCAAGACGCGAGCAAGCGCAGCAACUCGAGGUGCGACGAGGCUUUAGACAUGGAGGAUUGCAGAAGACAGCGAAGCGAGUCGAGCACCGCCGACGACGUCUCGCACGCCACGCACAUCGCCGUUUCCUACAUUGAUAAGCACUAUCCGCAAUACAAGAGCCACAGACCGUUCUCCUGGACCUGGCUGAAGAUGUGGUGCAUCGCGUGGUGGCACAGCGGUCGAGACGACGAGGAUGACGACGAGGAGAUCGCCGGACCGGAAAGCAGCCGCACCGGGGUCGGCUACGAGGACACGCUCACGCCGCUGUCGGCCGAGACGCCGCUUCCCAGCACGGUAUCGCGGUGUCCCUCCCUCAGCGCGAUACAGGCCACGGGACUCGCCUUGGACAAGGCCGCGGCGCAGCACGAGUACAAAAGGCCGACGCGGCCGGUCGACCUCAAGAAUCUCUCCAGCGAUUCCGUUUAUACGAUUCUGAUCAAAUUGCCGAGCAACGGCGGCAAGUACAGCGAGGGGCCGAGCAUAAAGAUGAUCCCUGACGAGUCCAUGUCGAUCCAAUUGCACAGCAUGAUGGAAGACAGCGAGGACGACGGCGGUGGUGGAGGCGGUGGCGGCGGCGGCGGCAGUGGCGUUGGUGCCAGCAAGUUCUUCCGUCUCGGUGGCGGCUCCGUAUCGAGCCCGUCGACGGUGACGAGGAGGCCGUCGCAGAUGCCGGACAUCAGGAUACCGCUGAACGCGAAGAACAUACCGAAGACACUGACGACGGGCAAGGGCAUACUGAACAAGCAGCCGAACAAGAAGAAGAAGAAGCUGCAGGAGAAGAAGGCCGAUCGAAAGGCCGCGAAAACGCUCUCGGCCAUCCUGCUUGCGUUCAUCAUCACAUGGACCCCGUACAACAUCCUGGUACUCCUCAAGUCCAUCACCGCCUGCUCGUGGUACAUACCCCAGCAUCUGUGGGACUUUUUUUAUUACCUUUGCUACAUCAACAGUACUGUGAACCCGAUGUGCUACGCGCUAUGCAACGCGGCUUUCCGCAGAACCUACGUGAGGAUUCUCAAGUGUAAGUGGCACAGCAGAAACCGCGGCACCACGGGGUGAUAAUCAGUAACCCGACGAUGCGCGCUUCGACCUUUUUGCAUCGGGGAGAGGGUGCAGCCCCCUCCCCCGCGCUUCCGAUAUCAGCACACCACAGAAUUGGGAGUCAACGACCACGUGCGCGCGCGUGUGCACACUCACAUACACAUGCGUACAUAUACCGAAGCAACGUUGUAUUAUUAUUAUUAUCAUUAUUAUUGUAAUUAUUAUUAUUAUUGUUAUAUCGCCGUUUACUUUUCCUACGUUUUAUGUGUUUCUCCGAGCGCACGAAGAAACGGAAACGAGGAGACCGGCGACUGCCGCGAACGGGUUUGGCGCUCGCGACUGCCAAACCACCCUGUCUCCAACGAUAUCGCUCGUUGUUACGGGUACAUCCGGUCGUUUGUGUCGCGCAUCUUUCGGGCCCAGCCUCCGGACCGCCAGGCCGCGCGCGAAGAAAGGCUACUGGAUUUUCUUUUCACCGCGGGAUAAGAGAAUUAACUCUUCGACGACCGCGUUGCUUCCGCGCGCCGACCCGAUCGCGCGCAUUUUUCAGUGGAAAUUCUAUUAAUCGUCAGUAAUUACGUCGAUAACUCGGUUAUCCCGCGACGUGACGUCCGAGUUUAAUGCUCUCUCGAACGUAAUGGUAUCGCUCUAUAAUUACAUUGGUAUCCAUGAAUGCGUAAAAAGAAUUAAUCGCGAACUAAUGUAUCCUUGCCGGGGAAUUAACGAGGGGUGUUAACUGUGACACAGGUGGGCGACCGGGCUCCUCACCCCGCGUGACAACGCAGGGGCGCUUUGUUUGUUCAUAAUGUUCUCGGAUCAUUUCUCGAAUUUCGUACGGCACUGAUAUCGAUCGUCUAUAUCAAGACGCGUGAAUAUUUAAUGAGGCAGCGGUUCUUAAGCUUUUUGAGUCGCAGACUCUUGGGGGGGAGAAACCAAGGGUUCUCAGCUUGAUUAUUGUUCCCGUAACUUGGACAGUCGAGGCCGAAGGCUUUUCAUUCUAAUGAUAAAUUGACGGGGGACGUGGAUGACGGCAUUACGUCGGAGAAUUGGGUAACCCAGUCAGAAAUGAUUCGUCGAUCGACGUCGAACGACGUCAAUUCG